AAUGCCUUUUCUAGCCCUGGAGUUUUGGGUUCUCUAGGCAGUUAGGUUACUAUUUGGCACCUGUUUUCUUUUUGUCUUGCGGCCUCCAACGAUAUUCCCGACCCGUUCCAACCGGUCGCUCAAACGUCUUGUAACGCUUAAGCUCGUCUAUCCCUUGUCUCUGUUCGAGUCAGGCUUGGGCUCAAAGUCACACUCUGCGCCAAACACUAUUGCGCAGGAACCUCUUCCAAACUAUCUCUCUUUUCAUCCUACUCCUUAUUUUUUUUAUCUUAUCGUUGUUCCUCGCUGUCUUCUUCCUCUCUCCCUUUCGGCGUCUCUCUCUCUCUCUUUCUCUCUCUAAAAAAAAGCACCCUAUAAUAUCACAGGGGCCUGCCUUUUUACCCUUACCAACCUCGACUCUGUUACAGACUUGGCUAGGUCUAUCCCCGGGCGAACAAUCGAACCCCCCACAUUCCAAAAUCCCCUUCCGCCCCCUGGUCAAAAAUAGCCGUCGUUUUGAGCCGCCAGAACGGAUCCCCUGGCCGUCAAAACCACUUGGCCCGCCACCCGGACUUUCCCACUACGUCCGUUUCUCUCUUGGUUCGGCUUUUUUUUGUUGCUACCAGCUAGACUGCUAAGGCUGGACUUGAGGUCGAGUCCAUCGCAGCAAAGAGCUGCAAUAGUCAUUUUUGUUUUUCUCUCUCUGGUCCUUCGUUUAUCUACUCUGUGUCCGCGACCCGUAUUUAGCUUGAUCUUUAACUCUUUUCUUUUUUCCUAACUUUCUUCUACCCGUUUGUUGGCUGGAUCCACCACUUCUUCGGUCCGGCGCCUUAAUAUCUAGACUUAGACUAAACCUUGCUCACGGGUAGCAUCGCCCGCAUUUUGAACGGUAGCACCCGUCCCGAGACGGUUCGAUAUUUUUUCUGCCCUAACCCGUCUUUUGGAAGAAAAAGGCAGGCGCUGUUUGGAGAUCUCCUACAUCCUAUCAUCCACCUAGUUGGUUGUUGGUUGUUGGAGUCGGGGGAGAGAGAAACAUACGGUACACAUCAAACGCAAACAGCUACCAUGAGGUUAAUAGCAUCACUGGCCUUGGCGGCAUCACUGGCCUCUUCAAUCACAAAUGGAUCAACGAUACCGAGGAGGGCCUCGGGCACACCAGCUGCGCCGAGGGUAAUUGGCCUGGAGACGGAAAGGCAGCACAUCCCGAAUCCCUUGGAGCGGGACAGGUUAAGGAGGAGAGCCGCCGUCAUGGCUACUCUCGACAACGAGCAGACGCUGUACUUUGUCAACGUCUCCAUCGGCACGCCACCGCAGAAGCUACGUCUUCACCUUGACACCGGCAGCAGUGACCUGUGGGUCAACACGCCCGACUCGAAACUCUGUUCCGUCUCGUCGCAGCCGUGCAGAUUUGCCGGAACCUUUAGCGCAAACAGCUCCUCUACAUAUCAAUACAUCAACAGUGUCUUCAACAUCUCGUACGUUGACGGCUCAGGCGCCAAUGGCGACUAUGUCUCCGAUAUGGUCACGGUGGGCAACACCAAGAUCGACCGCCUCCAGUUCGGAAUCGGAUACACGAGCAGUUCGGCGCAGGGAAUUCUGGGCGUCGGUUAUGAGGCCAACGAGGUGCAGGUCGGACGUGCUCAGCUCAAGCCGUACCGCAACCUCCCCUCGCGCAUGGUCGAGGAGGGCCUGAUCGCUUCCAACGCCUACAGCCUUUACCUCAAUGACCUGCAGUCCAACAAGGGCAGCAUCCUGUUUGGUGGCAUCGACACGGAGCAGUACACGGGAACGCUGCAGACCGUCCCGAUCCAGCCCAACGGUGGCCGCAUGGCCGAGUUUCUCAUCACCUUGACCUCUGUCUCCUUGACCUCGGCAAGCAUUGGCGGUGACAAGCUGGCCCUGGCCGUGCUGCUCGACUCGGGUUCCUCGCUCACCUACCUGCCCGACGACAUCGUAAAGAACAUGUACAGCGCCGUGGGCGCCCAGUACGACAGCAACGAGGGCGCCGCAUACGUCCCCUGCUCCCUCGCCAGGGACCAGGCCAACUCGUUGACCUUUAGCUUUUCCGGCAUCCCCAUCGUCGUGCCCAUGAACGAGCUCGUCUUGGACCUGGUAACUUCCAACGGCCGCCGGCCCUCGUUCCGCAACGGCGUCCCCGCCUGCCUGUUUGGCGUCGCCCCGGCCGGCAAGGGCACCAAUGUUCUAGGUGACACGUUCCUCCGCUCCGCCUACGUCGUCUACGACCUCGAAAACAACGCCAUCUCGCUCGCUCAGACCAGCUUCAACGCUACCAAGAGCAACGUCAAGGAGAUCGGCAAGGGCAGCAACCCUGUUCCCGGCGCCGUUGCCGUCUCGCAGCCCGUCGCUGCCACUUCGGGCCUGUCGCAGAACGGCGGCAACAGGUCUGGCUCUGGCGCCAUCGCCCGGGCCGUUCCGACUCUCUUGCUCGUCGGAGGAAUCUUCUCCGGUUCGUUGUUGACUCUGUUCUAGACUUCGAGGGUUUUUUUAUGUUUUUUUGUCAAGUUUAAGCAUGAAAGCGAGCUGUUUUUAGCGUCAACCUUUUUUCUUCUUCUCCUUCUCUGGGCAUACAAAUCCCACCCAUACAUAUAUAUAUAUACUUUUUUAUAUGAAUAUGAGAAUCGAGGCUGUUAUCGGUCCAACUCUGUGA